GUAAGCAUUCAAGUACACAAAAGUUUGAUCUCGUUCUGCUAUUAACUGAAGCUUUGAUUCCAUUCAGUUUCAUUACUCUGGAUAGUGCGUAAAAGUUUUCAGGUAACUAAAGAGAACACGUGUUUAUCUUGUCUUGUUUCAUUUGACUCGCCAUGGUAAAGCACAACGAAGAAUCUAGGAGUCCUAAGAGGUCUCAUGAUAGAGGCAAGUCUCAUAGACGUCGUGAACAUCGUGAUCCUUCCCCACCACGAAAAACAUCACGAAGUGACGCUUAUCACGCAAGGAAUGAUAGCUACGAAAGAAGCAAAAAAUUGGAGAGCAGAAGACAGGAUUCACGUUUACCCCACUCAGAAAGUAAAUGGAGAAAUGACCCACCGAUUCCAGUUAAAAUAAAAAAAGAACCAAUUAGUGAUGAUGAAAGAAGCAUGAAACAUUCACACCCCAAAGAAGGAUCUUCCAGACACUAUGAUCAACCACCCCGAGAAGAUAGAACAUCUAGGCCUUUUAAGCAGCCUAGACGAAAAAGUCCUCGAAGUGAAGAUGCUGAAGCUGCCAACUAUCAGUAUGGCCAACAAGUCAAAGAUGAAGCAGAGGAAGAAGUACCAGUUGAAAAGCAAAAACCUAAUUUUGGGCUGUCUGGCAAAUUAACAGAGGAGAAAAAUGUUUUUAAUGGAGUUGUGGUCAAAUACAGUGAACCACCUGAAGCCAGAAUUCCCAAGCGCCGGUGGCGUUUUUACGUCUUCAAGGGAGAUGAGACUUUACCUACAUUGUACCUUCACCGUCAAAGCGCCUACUUAAUCGGCAGAGAUCGCAAAGUUGCUGAUAUUCCAAUUGACCAUCCUUCUUGCUCGAAGCAACAUGCCGCGAUCCAGUUUCGGCUGGUAAACUACGAUCGUCCAGAUGGCACUGCAGGUCGUACUGUCAGGCCAUACAUAAUUGAUCUUGAAGCUGCGAAUGGUACCUUUGUGAACAACCAGAAAAUUGAAUCGAAACGCUACGUGGAACUCUUUGAGAAGGAUGUUGUCAAGUUUGGUUUCAGCUCCCGCGAAUACGUUCUCCUUCACGAAGAAAGUAAAACAGACGCUAGCUUGGACGAUAUGGGAGUAGGGCAGUGACAUCGAUGGCCAACAGUGUUUUGUAUCAUAACAAUUUCCCUUUUUCUCCCCCUUAACGCCGCAAUACACACUUUAUGUUACUGCGAAA